UUCGCUUUGGUUUCAGAAUUGUUUUGCCUUAGUCAGAUAAAGGUACCUAAUAGUUUUCGCCAUGAAGCUGUUGAUUCUUCUUUUUGUGUUCACCGCUCUUGCAACCAAUUCUUUGGCUCUGAAAAAUGAAAUUUGUGGAUUACCCCCUGCCGAGGAAGGCUUUUGCAGGGCAUAUUUCGAGCUCUGGACUUAUGAUUCUCAAACUAACGAAUGCUUUACUUUCAUCUACGGAGGAUGCGAUGGCAACGCAAACAAAUUUAGUUCCAAGGAAAAGUGUAUAGAUAAGUGCGUGGAAUAAUUUAAUAUGUAUAUGAUAGAAUAUCAUGUGGAAUAAAGAAUGUUGGCGAAGUUAUCUUUUA